CAAUUAAAAUAAAUAAAUUAGCACACUCAACGUAUAAAAAAAUCAAAAUCAAAUUGCGAAUUAAAUGCAGCAACCCACCAAGCUGAAUUAAUUAAAGCACAAAAUUCAAAAUAUCUACAAAUAAUAAUUCAUUAAUAUCUUUUUAGCAAAAAAAAAUACCAAAAUACUAAAAAAUGCUGCGAUUUCCACCGCCGUUCACGAUUGUUUGCCAACAGCUCGCUAUGCUUACAAAUGCACAUGUCACCGCUAAUGUCAACAAUAUCACUGGUGAGGCGUUUGACCGAGUGUCAGACGUCAUCGAUAUGCGAGCCAACCACAAAUGUCUGGUAUAAAAUUAGGAAUGCGUAUUUAUAAUCGCUUUUAAUAUGAAUCCAAGUAAUGAGUAAUGGCCAAUAAUUGCAAAAACAUUACACUUUGUACGCAACAACAACAAAGCAAGCAGUGACGACAUCGUAUAUACUCGUAUUGAGUUGCUCGAUGGGCGGUUUUUUUGUGCGGGGGUCGGUCAAUCUUCGUGCGUCUGUAAAUUUACGCAUUUUAUUGCUACUAAUUAAAAAUUGUGCCACGUAAUGUGGCAAGUAGGUGAGAACAGCAAAGCAAAAAGUGUUGAAUAAGUGCCAAAAUCUUUGCGAGCCAAAAAUCAAAAAAGAAAUAAUAAAAAAUAAAUUCAAUAAAUAAUUUUGAAUAAAUUGCAAUAAUGUGUUUGUUUGCAUAAAAGUGAAAGCAUUUCUGCAUGAGUUCUCUUAAUAACGAAAAAAAUCAUAAACUAAAUUCCAACGAAGUUCACAAAUAACUAAAAAUGUUGUAAUGGGCAAAUAAAUUAAAAUUAUUUUCAAUAAAAAUAUGUAAUUAAAAUCAACCAAGUUAAUGUGUAACAAUUUUAAAUAAUUAACUGUUAAUAGUAGCUAAUUUCAUAUAAAAAAAAAUCGAUAAAAUAGUAAGAAUUAAAUUAAAUUAUUUAAAAUAGCAAAUACAUUAGAAAAAAGUCAUUUCCACUUUGUUAAAGCCAAAAACAUGUGUUCCAAUUAAUUAUAAGUAGGUGCAAGACAAACACAAUUCUCAACAACAACACCCCACCAUCACUAUGGCCGGUCCACAAGUGCAACAUUCACAUUCUCAGCGCCCCAACAGCGCCUACUACAUGGGCCUCAACGGCGGGGGCGGCGGUGGCAUUGCUAGCAAUGGCCACCACAUUGUCGGUGGGGCGCACACCCACACAACCACAGCAACGAGCAUAAGCACUAGCAGUAGCGUGAACACAGGGUUGCAUGCGCUGCGUCAAAUGUCCAACGACAUGGAGCUAAUAUAUCGCGGCAAUAGCGCCAAUUCCAGCCAUCAAACGCAGUCCACACUGUCAUCGCACGUCAUCCAACAACAGCCCACAGCUGCCGCUGCUGCGGUGGGGACAGCGGCAGACAACAACAGUGGCAGUUUGGCAGAGAUUGGCGUUGAUGGUGGUGGUGGUCAAAUAGUCAGCAUAGCUGGUCCCGGACCGAGUGCUGGUGAUGCUUUAAUUGUUCCUUCAAAUGCGGCGAUAAAACGCAGCAAUUUGGCGUCGUCGAAAAAAAUACAGCGAAGUGUUGAAAUUGUCGUCGAUGCGUCGCAAUGUGGUAUUGCCGCUGAUGGCGACGGCGACGGCGCGGACGCCAAGUCUGGCGAUGACGUCGAGCAGGGACGUCGUAUGUCACGGCAUCGGCGUCGGCCAUUACAUCGUCGGUUUUUCAAUUACCUGCGCAAUUUAUUUCAAGGCAGCGACGCACAGAAUGAUUCGGAGUUGGAGGAAUUUGAGACACCCGCACGCUAUCGUCCCGAUUCCUUAAGUGCCCUCAGUCGUACUACGCGCUUCACGGAGGAUGAAAUCAAACGAAUUUAUCGCGGUUUUAAGGCUGAGUGUCCGACUGGUGUCGUCAAAGAGGACACAUUCAAACUUAUCUACUCGCAGUUUUUCCCACAGGGAGCUAACCCAACCCUGUAUGCACACUACGUUUUCAACACACUUGAUCAGGACCACAGUGGCAUUAUUAGCUUUGAGGACUUUGUUCAAGGACUAUCGAUAUUGUCGCGCGGCUCUGUGGAGGAGAAAUUACGCUGGACAUUCUCGUUGUACGACAUCAACGGUGACGGCUUCAUAACGAGGGAAGAAAUGACUGAUAUUGUGACUGCCAUUUACGAACUGAUGGGACGCUUACCGGACGAGUGUCCCGAGGAAGAGAAAAUCAAAUACAAAGUCGAACACAUAUUCCAGAAAAUGGACAAAAAUCGUGAUGGUGUGGUGACGCUGGAUGAAUUUCUGGAGACAUGUCGAAAUGACGAAGCCAUAUCACGGUCAAUGUCCGUCUUCGACUCAGCGUUCUGACCAUAUCCACUGGAGAAACGAGACGAGAGUGCCGGUAAUAACCGGCAACACAAACCACAUUCGUCGGGACGGGGCAAGGGGGUUACUAAUCAUAGCCGUACACGUAGUAGUCGCAAUAGGCGCAAACAAUCAUCAUCACAACAACGUCAACAGCAGGAGCAACAGAUGUUGCAACAGCAAACGGCACUGGACGAGCAGAUACAGCGCGACAAAUGCAAAAAGCCAAAUAAACGUAAGUCAAACAAGAAAGUCCUACAAAUACAACUACCAGAUAAAGCACAGCCACAGUCAUCACAGCCAGAAUUACAGCCACGCGAGCGUAAACAAGUCGAUACACUAAUAAGCCAAACUUCAACCACAAAUUGUGAGAAACCUCAACUGCGCGAAGUCACUGACAAGCGCACCAUUACACAUAGUAUUGCCGCAGCUACCACGCAUACUUCCAGCAGCGACAACUCCACUGCCUCAUGCGACAGCGAUAGCGAAGAAGCGGUCAGCGACAAGCUGGCAUCCAUGUGCCAUCACUGCCUGCGCCCACAAAUUGAGCUGCAGUUGCGCCAUUUGCGUCCUCAUCAACGCCGCCAAUGGAGCCGAUUGCUGCAGCAGCAGUGUAGCAAGCGACGUACUAGUAAAACCCGUAAAGAGGUGAGCUGGAGUGGUGCGCACGGCGAAAAUGGCAGCGGGAGACGCGAUGUGCACGGUGGUGGGGAUGGUGGUAAUGCGGGGGCAAUUACUGCGGGGUGGCAACGUUAUGACGCCAGCGACUACAUGCUACCCACGAACACGUAUACGAGCGGUGUACAUUGGUCGCGACGCGACGUCAGCGCGGCGGUGAGGUAUCGCUGUCCGCAGGUGGGACCGAAGUCUGCACCCUAUCACUUCCACCAUCCACAACAACUACACAAUGCAUAUCAGUUGCAAUUAUUGCUGCAACAAUGCGACUAUGUGCCGCCGUCGUACUAUCAACAUCAGCAGCAGCAACAACAACAACCAUAUUAUGAACGGCACGCAGCACUACAUAACAGUAAAAUGGACUACAGCAACACCACCACUGCAGCUGCUUCUACUACUACUACGGCCACAACGGCAACCACUAUAAACAUUGAAUGUGAGUCGCACAUGCAAUUACAAAAGCAACAUGAUAGAAAUGUAAGAUUGCAGCAAAAUCAAAAUUUAUACGCAACAACAACAAACAUUCUAACUGCCACAUCGAGCGGAUGCAGCGACGCCUGCUGCACCAGCAACGCCAGCUCAGUGGCGGCGUCGGCACUAACUGCACCAGCGGGAACAACAGUAGCUUUGCAACCACAGUCCACAACAACUCACCCUCUAGAUCGUGCCACCAGAGGCACAGUCAGCGACAGUGAGUUGCAGUUGCAGCAGCACCUGCCUACGUCCGAGUCGCCGUCACUGGUGAAGGUCCGCGCCUGGUAUACAGUGGCUAAACAGGGUGUUUCUUGCUAAUAGUAGUUUCAUUCCUACACCUUUUGCCAAUGCAACAGCUCAGUAUUUUUACUAUCACCACUUACUUGCUAACUAAUUGUGGUUUGAAGGUGGUUGUUUGUUUUGAGUUUUCUCAAGAAAUAUAUCAGUAAAUCUGUUGUUAAAUGUGUUAGUAGUAGAAAAAAAGGAAUUCAGUGUAAUUUUAAUAGGAAACCGUACCAAAUUAGCAAGUUACUAUAAGUGCACUAUUUGAUUCUGUACAUAUAUAUAAUAAGUACAGCCUUGUAACGUUCCUAAGCACGCCAUUGGCCUUUCGUCAGGUCACGUCGGACCUGCUGGUUUUCAAAAAUUAGACAGUUGUGCCGACAUUCAUUUUAUCGGUUAAUUUCUCACUAUUUACAAUGCUUUAAUUCAGAAUAGAGUGCAUGAAAGAUAAACGUACAUAUGUUAAGAAGCCCAUAAAAUUAUAUAGAGAUUCUUGAUCUCAACUUGCAAUGUUCAAUAGCAAUGUGAGCUCAUACUAUUUACACAUACAGAUAUACUUUACAUAGCAUAUAUGGCCCUGGUACAGUCGAAGCUUAAAAAAUGUGGUAUUGAGUACAGCAAAGAGAGUGUCUGCCGAGCACAUAACCAAAAAUAUACAAAAAGAGAAGAAUCUUGAGUAGUUAUUUCAUGGUGUAAAUUAAUUAAAAUUUUAUUUAUACCAAUAUGUUUGAAAACAAAAACGAUAUCUAAAUCCAAAUCACGCGAUAUAUUUUCACUCUGUUCCGGGGGAACGGAGUCAUCAGUUAGCUAAAGAUCAUAUGACAAUAAAAAUUAAAGUGGGAUCACUCUUCAGUUAUUAAGCAAGUGUUUAACUUUAUCCAUCAUCCAAAAAUAUCCAACGUCUUUACCGCUUUAUUUGCUCGGGGGUUUGCCUAUAUAUAUAAAGAUAAAGGAUUUGUGAAGUUGGAAUGACAAUUAAGUUGUGUUAAAGUAAAUAUAAAAUAGUAACUUAGUCUUUGUUAAGUAUCUUCCACCAAUUCUUUUAUUUAUGUGGCUGGUUUGUUCGAUUCGCCACUCUCAAAGUAUCGAUGAAUCAAGUAAGACUAUUAAAACGCUGUGCUACAAGUUAUAUUCAAGCACGAUUUGCCACCGAUGUAAACUUUAUUUCAGCUUUUGAGUUUAGCGGCAUUACUAUUAUUAGAAAAAACUUCAUUUUUUUAAUAUACCAUCAAAUAUUGUGUUCUUGUUUAUUUGGAUCCCACUUGAAAUAAUUGCUUAAUGUUAAUACUGUCAAAAAUGUGUUGAACGGUAAAAAAAAAGUUUAAAUAAAAUUGGUCUAUUUGACUUGCAAUAAGGACUUGAAAGCGAUACGUCACUUAUUUUUCAACUCAUUAAGUCUUCUUUAAUUCUUAUAAAUUAAAAUUUGCAAAAGUUACAGUCAAUAAGUUAAUUGUUGUUGUGUUUUAGCGGCAGAAUUCUGCCAAGUCUUUGCCGGAUAAAGGUCCGGGUCCGUGCCGUGAUCGAGUCAAACCUUGCAUUCUCUUUGGAUAAGAACCUCACAGGCUCCAUCGAUUCUUUAUUCUAAAUCAGUUUUGCGACGUGCCUAGUGGAUUAUCCGUCUGAUAGAAAUCUUGAAUUUUUAAGGAUACCACGGUUGUCUUCAAAUCCAAAUCUCGAUAUUGUAAAAAUGUAUAAUUACUGACUAUCACUGUGUUGUGUAAUCUCAAAAUGUUGCUAUGUUCAAGUUUUCUUCAUAAAUACGAUGUUUAUAAAAAUUUAUGAAUUUGUUUAACGCUAAUCAGAAAAAUCGCUUAGGCACCUUUUAGUGCAAUUUAAAUCAAAAUGUCGGCCGUUAAAUUUUUGUUCUUCUGGUCACUGUUUGCAGAUUACUAGUUUAUUUGAUUAGGCGUAAUUAAGCAAUUAAUGAGGUACUUAAUCUUUCAUCGACGCCUUUUAAUUUCUUUUUGAGAAUAUACAUACAUUUGUAUGUUGUAUGUACUUAUAUAUUUUCCAUUGUACAUAUGGUCUCUUUUUGGGAACGAUGCCCGCAUAUUCAGUGAGGAUUGCCAACAUGCGUCAAAGUCACAUAAAAUAAAUACUCAUCAUCAAUCUUUACUUCAUUAUUUUCAUUUUCUUUACCUUCAAUUUUAAUAUAUUCAAAAGAAUUCAACAAAUGUGUGUAUAAACUUUGGUUUUAGCUGCAAAAAUAGAAUUAGAAAAUUAUAAUUUAUGACACAUUUGUGUACUAAACAAUAAAGUAUAUAAGUAUUUGUGUAUAUAUAUGAGUUAUAUAUUUAUAUAAAAAAUCAAACUUAUUUCUUAAAUUUUUUACUAUUUUAAAAUCAAGAAAUAUGUGUGUUUGUAAGCGGUUAAAGGCAAAGUAAACCUCAUUUCUUACAUAAUUAUUUUAGAUGUCUUUUAAUAAUGUAAUUAGCGG